AGCAAAGCAUCUUCAAGAUGGAGAUAGAAGACUGCAAUGGGAGAUCUUACAUAUCUGGAAUCUCUUCUUCCUGGAAGGUGAGUGGCUGAGUUCACCCUACUGCCGAGAUGCAGCCACACACACUCACAGCCUGUAUUCCACUGCUGUUUCCAAGGAGUUGGCUGUGAUAACACUCCAGGGUAUCUUCAGCAAGCUAGAAUAAUGUAGUGGAGAUUCCUCUUUGGAAAAGGAGUUUACCUCCACAAUUGUGGGGCCCACAGUGAGCACACCAAACAGCCAACACUCCUCCCCAAGCAGGUCCCUUAGUGCAAAUUCUAUCAAGGUGGAAAUGUACAGUGAUGAAGAAUCUAGCCGGCUGCUGUCACACGAUGACCGGCUCAUUGAAAAAGAGGACAGCGUGAUUGUAGAGGAUUCCCUCUCUGAGCCCCUUGGUUACUGUGAUGGGUCAGGACAGGAUCCGCAUUCCCCUGGCGGCAUACGGCUACCCAAUGGCAAACUGAAAUGUGAUAUCUGUGGAAUGGUGUGCAUUGGCCCAAAUGUACUGAUGGUGCACAAACGCAGUCACACUGGUGAAAGACCAUUCCAUUGCAAUCAGUGUGGUGCCUCCUUCACCCAGAAGGGCAACCUCCUGCGCCACAUCAAGCUGCAUUCAGGCGAGAAGCCCUUCAAAUGUCCUUUCUGCAACUAUGCUUGUCGGCGAAGAGAUGCACUCACCGGUCACCUCCGCACACACUCAGUCUCUUCCCCCACAGUUGGCAAGCCCUACAAAUGCAACUAUUGUGGUCGCAGCUACAAGCAGCAAAGCACGUUGGAAGAGCACAAGGAACGCUGUCACAACUACCUGCAAAGUCUUAACACUGAACCACAGUUGCUGGCUGGCCAGCAAGGUGACGAGAUGCGAGACUUGGAGAUGGUGCCGGACUCCAUGCUUCAUUCCUCAGCAGAUCGGCCAGCCUUUAUUGACCGACUAGCAAACAGCAUCACCAAACGAAAACGCUCCACACCUCAGAAAUUUAUAGGAGAGAAGCAGAUGCGGUAUAGCCUCUCCGAUAUGGCAUAUGAUGUCAACUCCAGCUUUGAGAAGGACGUGGAAAUGGUGGCUGCCCACCAUCCCAUGGACGCUACCUUUGGCAGUUCAUUGUCAUUCAUGGGAGCAGAACAUUUGCGCCCCCUCAGACUCCCACCCACAAACUGCAUCUCUGAGAUCACACCUGUCAUCAGCUCUGUCUACACUCAAAUCCAGCCCCUCCCAGGCAGGUUGGAAAUUGCAAGUAGUCGGGAAGCUGCCGAAGGCCACGAGGACCUUUCUGAUGGGACACAGAUUGUGUAUCGGGCGUCACGGGAGCCAAGUAUGGUAUCACCUAGCAAUGGUUGCCAGGAUUCCACAGACACUGAGAGCAUCCAUGAGGAGAGGGGCUCACAGCAGCCGCUGCUAUCCAGCAUUGGGAAUUGCAGCAGCAGCCGGCAGAGUCCAGCCUACGCCAAAGAGGACCCCAAAUUGCAGGAGGGCAUCAUUCCCACCACUACUCGGUCAACUCCCAGUUCAGCCAAAGAAGCCCUGCGUGUGGUGAAUGAUGAAGGGGAACAGGUAAAAGCCUUCAAAUGUGAGCACUGCCGGAUCUUAUUCCUGGACCACGUCAUGUUCACCAUCCAUAUGGGCUGCCAUGGCUUCAGAGACCCUUUUGAAUGCAACAUCUGUGGCUAUCACAGCCAAGACCGGUACGAGUUCUCUUCCCACAUAGUGCGAGGGGAACAUAAAGUAGGCUAAUCUUACUCUGUCCCCUUAUUCAUCUCUCCCCAUCACUAGUGCUCUAUCUUAGUUGGGCAUGGAACUGUUCAUUUCUUUUGUACUCCUUUGCACUGACUUUGGCUAAAAAAGAGAAAUGUUU